AUGGAAUUUGCCUUUAUCAACGGCUUAAAGUUAAGGAAACCAUUUCCGGAGUCAAGAAUAGAGAAUAAAAUUUGGGGGUUCCUAUCAAACUGUUUCUCUAAUAGCAGCACACCGUCUACAAACACAUACUCCGUAAAACAAGAAAGUUGGAUUUUAGAUGAACCUACUACUUUUGCUCUGGAUAACCGAGUGUCGUCAAGUUGGAUUUUCAAAGAGUGUAUCAUGAAAUAUUUCUUUACUGAUAAAGGACGUAGUUUCCCUAAUACUAUGUUAGAGACUCCGUUCCACAAACAGAUGUUAAAAGGUGAUACUUCCACUCUACUUGUAUUAGGUCCAAACCUUUUUAAGGAAGAAGGUUUCUAUUCUUGUGAUAUCGAAGAAGCAGGUAAAGAAUUAAUUAAAACUAAAUAUCAUUUUUCUGCUGUAGACUUCUGGGGCUUACUCCAAAGUAUACAUCUUCUUACAAAUGUUCAGUAUGAGGGCUAUUGUUAUAAGGAAUGCUGUAAGUUAUCUAGGACUCUCGGCAAACCAACUAAGAUGUUAUUUUUACCGCCCUCUCAAUAUUCCAGCAUUCCACUUCAAGCUAUAUUUUAUGGGUUUUCUAAGGAGGAUGCAAUAAUAUACAGGGAUUUGUUGAUUGUUUACAGAAUUCGAGCAGUCCGGCGUGGUUAUAAACCAACAAUGACUAACGUCUUGAAUGUGUUUUUCGAUCCACCGUAUGAAAUAUAUGUCAUCCCUUCCAUGCAUGGGAGCGAUUCCAAGGAAGAAUAUAUCGAAGUGAAUCAUUCUGAAGACGUCACAGAAGAGGAACGUCAGACUUAUCAAGCAUACUUUAUGCUGAAAAUGAAAUACAUGUUGGGUGAUAAAUUGAACUACUCCACAUUUUCUGAACUACUUGAGGAUACAAAUCAUGCCUAUUCUGAGAGUGUAUAUCUAGAGGAGUCUAAUCCCUUCGAGUCUCAAGUCUAA